CUCCGGCCACUGGCGGUGUGUGUGCGGAGCGUCACAAGGAUGCUGGAUGAGUGAUGGCAGCUGACAAGUUCUCCCGACCUACAGGGUCCUCACUGCUGCUCCCGGUCAGCGAUCUCCUGCACAUGCCCCUGGAACAGGUCAACUUUGUGGCUUGUCAGUUGUUCGCCCUUGGUGUUGCUGUUUGGUUCCGUACCUACCUGAGCGCAAGCCAUGCACAUGCUACUGUGCGCCAUGCCUUUACCACCAUCAUUGGAAUUUACCUCACAGUGUUUUGCUUUGGAUGGUACUCUUUGCACAUAUUCACACUGGUACUUGUGUGCUACUUCAUCAUGAUGAAUGCAAGUCCAGAAAAAGUUCAAAGGUACUCUUUUAUAACUGCUUUGAGUUACCUAACAUUGUGCCAGAUUAACAGAGUAUAUAUAUUUAAUUAUGGCAUCCUCACAACGGACUUCUCAGGACCAUUAAUGAUUGUUACACAGAAAAUCACAACACUAGCUUUCCAGUUACAUGAUGGGAUGAGUCACAACGCUGAAUCACUCACCAAGCAGCAACUCCAAAACCGUGUUAAGAAGAGACCAACACUUUUGGAGUACCUCAGCUACCACCUGAAUUUUAUGAGCGUCCUUGCCGGGCCGUGCAGCAAUUAUAUGGACUACAUUGCCUUUGUUGAAGGAAGUCACAUACCAUCCAAGUUAAAGGAAGUCGGCUUGAAAGAAAAACGCUAUGUGCCAGAUCCUUCCCCAAAUAAAGCUGUUUUACACAAGAUUUCCAUAUGUGUGAUAUCGCUUAUUCUUUUCCUGACCAUAAGUAAGGCUUUCCCUAUUGCCUAUAUUGUGGAUGAUACUUUCAUUAAUGAAUCUUCUUUCAUGACAAGACUAGGCUAUCUUUACAUUGCCACAAUGGCUUGUAAACCCAAGUACUAUUUUGCAUGGACACUGGCUGAUGCAGUGAACAACGCUGCAGGAUAUGGCUUCAGUGGGGUGGAUGAGAAGGGCAAUCCCAAAUGGGAUUUAAUAAAUAGUCUUAACAUAUGGAAGAUUGAGAUGGCUACAAGUUUUAAAAUGUAUAUAGACAACUGGAAUAUCCAGACCGCAGCUUGGUUGAAAAGUGUUUCUUAUGACAGAGCGCCAAAGUAUCGCACAGCUUUAACAUUUCUCCUCUCUGCAUUGUGGCAUGGUGUUUAUCCUGGAUACUACUUCACCUUCAUUACUGGUAUUCCUGUGAUGCUGGUUGCAAGAGCAGUAAGAAUUAAUUUCCGUCAUUACUUCAUUACGUCGAAAGUGCGAAAACUUGGGUAUGACAUCAUCACAUGGAUUGUGACCCAGCUGGCCAUCUCCUACACUUGUGCCCCUUUUUUCUUGCUGGCUGUGGAGCCCACCAUGAAACUGUACAAGUCAUUCUAUUUUUACUUCCAUAUCGUUGUUAUUUUUCUACUUAUUGUUUUGCCCAACAAGCCAUCAAAGGACAGACGGCACUAUAACUGUGAAAAGACUCCAUUAUCCAAAACCAAUCAUAUGGAAGAAAAGGAACCCUUCGAGCACAUGAACAAUAACUCCAGAUGAGUGACAGAUGGACAAUGGUCUUUAUACACAAUAUGUUGGCUCACACCAAAGACUAAGACGGGCCAGUAUCAGACUCAUU